GACAGAGCAGUGAAUUAGUGCCUAAAAAUGAAUAUCUCCUUUUAACUUUAUCAGCAAUUCAAGGAGUGCAAUUCACACGCGUCCCCUUUCCUCUUCCUUCUCCGCUGCCGUUUCACCAUUCCGCCACAUCGCCUCUCCACAGGCCACGCAGAGCUCCGAUUUCCAAAUAGAUUCUGGUAAAGCGAUGAGGUUCGGCUAGUCUAUUUUCACAAAUUUCCCCCCAAACUCUAAGAUCUGAGACUGGAGAGCGCUACAAUUAGCGGAAGGAUUGGGAUCAUGACAAAGAGUGCUGCAUCCUAAAAAAUUGGAGAGGUUGUUCAUCACUCAUGGAAUCUGCUGGCCUAGGACAUGGGGGAGCUGGAAGUUCAAGAUCUGCUAAUAAUGGCUCCAAAGUAUCCUCUAGUUCAGUUGACUGGCUGGGAAGAGAAAUGCUUGAAAUGAGACUGAGGGAUCGAGUGGACCCUGAUGAUGAUAGGGACAGUGAACCUGAUGUAAUUGAUGGUGUGGGUGCUGAAACAGGGCAUGUAAUAAGGACAACCAUUGGGGGCCGGAAUGGUCAAUCCAAGCAGGUGGUAAGCUACAUAGCAGAACACGUUGUUGGAACUGGUUCGUUUGGAGUGGUCUUUCAAGCGAAAUGCAGAGAGACUGGAGAAAUAGUUGCUAUCAAGAAGGUUCUUCAGGACAAACGCUACAAAAAUAGAGAGUUGCAGAUUAUGCAAAUGUUGGACCAUCCCAAUAUUGUAGCUCUAAAACAUUCGUUUUUUGCAAAAUCUGAGAAGGAAGAGCUUUACCUAAAUCUCGUUUUGGAAUAUGUACCUGAAACUGUUAACCGGAUUGCACGACAGUACAGCAGGAUGAACCAGAGAAUGCCUUUGAUAUACGUCAAACUUUACACAUAUCAGAUAUGUCGAGCCCUUGCAUACAUACAUAAUUGCAUUGGCAUUUGUCACCGUGAUAUCAAGCCUCAAAAUUUACUUGUGAAUCCGCAUACGCACCAACUAAAACUUUGUGACUUUGGAAGUGCCAAAGUUCUGGUUAAAGGAGAACCGAAUGUUUCCUAUAUAUGUUCAAGAUAUUACCGUGCUCCUGAACUCAUUUUUGGCGCCACUGAGUAUACAACUGCAAUCGAUAUAUGGUCAACUGGUUGUGUUAUGGCUGAACUACUUCUUGGGCAGCCUUUGUUUCCUGGAGAGAGUGGAGUUGAUCAACUUGUUGAAGUAAUUAAGGUUUUGGGAACACCUACAAGAGAGGAGAUAAAGUGCAUGAACCCAAACUACACCAAGUUCAAGUUUCCACAAAUCAAGCCCCAUCCUUGGCACAAGGUCUUCCAGAAGCGUCUGCCCCCAGAGGCGGUGGACCUUGUAUGUCGGUUUUUCCAGUACUCACCAAAUCUAAGAUGCACAGCUUUGGAAGCUUGUAUUCAUCCUUUCUUCGAUGAACUGAGGGAUCCCAACACUCGACUUCCAAAUGGUCGCCCACUUCCUCCUCUCUUCAAUUUUAAACCUCAAGAGCUUUCAGGUAUUCCUCCUGAAACUGUUCACCGCCUCAUUCCAGAGCAUGCCAGGGGCCAGAACUUGUUCAUGGCUUUCAACUCAUAGUCAGUGUAUCCUGCUGCUAUCUGCUUUGGUCUUAUUGCACCAUAUUGCUACUUACAUUCAUGUACUUCUUGUCUGUUAAGUUUCACCAACUAUUUGUAGAGGGAAAGAGUUUUUUUGGUUUGAUGAAACUUAUACGACAGCAAUAUGGUCUGCAAACUCUUUGCAACUGCCUGCGUAGCAGUCAGACUGCAUACAAAGAGACUAGAGAGUGUCUAUUGUAACACAGUGAGAAAUGGAGAUGCUUAUAGAUCUAUCAGUUUUGUGUCGCUUGCCUAUGUAUAUGGGUUGUUUAUGUUGCCAAAAGCCCUCUUCUUCUUCGACUGUGGUAAUAUAUGUAUAUUGUAAAUUACCACUUGUUCGUGAUACACUCAGAUUAUUUCCAAUUGCCAUAUGCAUUCGUCAA